CAGGGGCGGACUUACCAUUUGGAAACUCGGGCACUGCCCAAGGGCCCGGGGUCAGUAGGGGGCCCCAUGAGAUGCCCCUGGUACCUUUUCAUAGGCUUUUUUGAGUUUGGGCAAGGGCACGGAGGCCCCAUGAUCCCCUAUUGCCCGGGGGCCCCAUGAAUUGUCAGUCCGCCCCUGAUCUGGAGGAAGAAGUGAUCUUGACAACAUGUGCUGUAGUACCAAUCUCUCGUUGCUACCAGACAAUGAAAACUACUGGA